CCACUGUUCCAGAUAAAAUGCAUCAUUUGGAUUUAGAGCUGUUCAAUUAUCAGAUAGUCUACACAAGAGAAAUGCUAAAGGACUUUUGUGAUCAAGCUGCAAUUAAUAAGCUUGAUCAGCACCUAUCGAAUAUUCAAAGGUUCCCAGGAUUAAAAAUAUUUAGUGAGGGUCUAAAAAACAUUAAACAAUUUACAGCCGAUGA